AUGACAUCCACCGCCGUCGGGAAAUGUGCACUUUGCUCCCAGGACCUCGACUUUCUCACUAUACCAGAUCGCGAACUCCACUACCAACAACACUUUGAUCAACCCUCUUCAUCCAGCAGUGGUCAGACCAAGCCACGCUCUGUCGAUACGUCGAAACCCAAGAAGAAUUGGAAGCCCAAGUUGUUUCAAGAAAAUGAUACUUUCUGGAGAUCAUCCCAACUGGAACCGCCACCCGCCAAUUACACUCCCGGAUUGAUACCAUUGCUUCGAAACGCGCUUUUGAAAAGCCACUCGCGGGGUGAUACACGCCGUGCCAUUCUUUGCUUUGCACAAACAGUGCACAUCUGCAGAGAACCAUGGGAUGCUGGCUGGGGCUGCGGAUACCGCAACUUUUUAAUGCUCUGCGCAGCACUGAUGGACCAGCAACAACAGCCUUUAUACUACCCCCUUCUCGACGCACCGCUGUCCCCCAGUAUCCGAAAUUUACAAGCCUUGAUAGAAACAGCUUGGAAAGAGGGUUUUGAUGAGGAAGGGGCAAAGGAUUUGAAGAAACUUGUUGGCACACGAAAGUGGAUCGGAACUGCAGACCUAUGGGUGGCAUUCUCAUAUCAAGGCAUACCAGUUGAACUUGUUGAUUUCAAUCUGAAAAACAAUCCUAGAGGUGCCUUGCUUUUAGACGGAGUCGUUGAGAUGACGCUGAUGCCCUUGACAGGUCCAGAAAUUGUGACGAAUUGGGUGGUGGAGUACUUUACUCCAAAGACAACAUCAACCGAACGGUCAAAUAUGUAUCAAACGUUGAAAGGCGCUUCUCCUGUGCUCGUCACCGACCGAAUGCCAAUCAUACUGCAACACAACGGCCAUUCCCGUACAAUUGUCGGUUACGAAGUGGAUAAACGAGGCGUGGUCAACCUGAUAACAUUUGAUCCUGGACGAGUUCCUUCUGCCCAGGUCCGGAAUGCAGCACUCUCCGCAUCUCUGCCAGCAACGACACCUAAUGGGUCCGGAUCUCUCAAACGGUCAGCAAGUAACUCAUCAAGCGUGGGCCAGUCUGGGAACAGUAGUAAACGUGCUCGCUCAAGUGCAGACGAGGAUGGCAGUGACAUCGAGAUAAUCCAUGACUCGAGAGAUACCCAUGCAGAGAAACCGACUGAAGACAAAUUCAGCGGCAAGAAGAAGGCUCAAGACAAUACCAACCUAUUUUCUACGAAUGGUCUCCUGAAGAAAUACCGAUUGGAUCCCAAGGCAUUAGGGAAAAACAAGCAAUACCAAAUCCUAUACUGUCCAAUGACGGCCCCUUUAACAGAGCGUGAGCGGAUGGGUCGGAAGUUUGUCACCAGUCAAAAGGUAUCGUAG